AUGGCAAAUACUGCGAAAUCAGUUUCGCAAUCGCCCCGGUUGCGCGGGGAUGCCGGCCAUACGAGGAAGGAAUCGGAAGUUGGUGAACUACAUAAGAAGAAUGACGCAAUGACGCUGGAAUUUUAG